CAGCUGGUUUGUGACGUCACAGCGACAUCAAAACAAAGAUUUCCAUCGUCGUGUGAGGAGUCACUGUGGGUCUCUUUCUUUUUUUUAGGGAGAUUUUUUUUUCGAGCCUCCUUUUGCCAUGGGGGACCAGAUAGAUCAAGAUGAGGUUCGGAAGAAGCGUUUGGCCCGUCUUACAGCGGGGGCCAGCAAUAGUAGUACUAACAGUGAGGCAUCUCAGAUUUCUGCCCCCACCUCACCAGGCAUACAGUUGCCAACGUCUCCUAAUGCAACAUCACUGCUGCCUUCUCCACAUAAAAGACAACCUCCACCUUCACCACUAGAUAUUACUCCUUGUAAAAAGGGUUUAGAAGAACCUAUGGAAGUAGAAACCAAGGCUGAAACUCCAACCAGCUUGGAGACAGGUCAUUAUGGCAGCGACAACAAACGUCCCAGGAGUGUCAGUACAAGUGAGGUAACAGAAGAGUUAGUGCUUUCAACGUUAUCAAAUGUGCUUCAGGCCAAAUGGCAAGAUGUCACUACUACUUGCCCGAUCACAGUACAAGUUUUAUCAGCCGCUAAAAAAGCUGAGAUCACAUCCCAGGUGCUGAUGGAGGUCACUAUGCGCGUGUGUGCAGGGGAGAACAUAGAAGGGUUGGUGGAUCCAAACUAUACAUCUGAUUCACCAGAGCUCAGUGCCUCACCCACAGGUAUUAAGAACACAAGUGAAGCUUCUAUGCUAACAGAAAUGAUGUAUCGUCCAGAGACAACAGCUCUACAGUAUCUUCUUCAGACAUUUGCUAGAGCAAAGCUGAAGAGAAAAGCCCACAAAGGUAGAAGCAAUUCUCCUCCCUUGUCAACAGUUCUUUUGGAUGUCCGGCGACAGUGUGUAGCGCAUGCUGCAUUGCUUUUAUCAGGAUGCCUUACAAAUUCUUUAGCUCCUCUUCCAUCCUUGUUGCUUCACCCAUUGCUGACUGAUAGUCUGCCUAGGGGAUUCCUCUGUGAUAUCAUUCAACAUACCUAUGAAAAUGGGGACUUAUUCAAUAAAGUGUUUGGACCUUUACUUUUGGGGCUGAGCACAACAAUGAGGAGUUGCAGUGUAACUUCGUCCUUGUACAUAAAAGUUCUAGAGUCUUUAGGACUUGUUAUUGAUAUGAGGCUAAAUAAUGCUACCAACUCCAACCACCGACCUAUAUGUAGCCUAUUGACCUCAAUGAGUAACUGGUGUUCAAGUACUGAACAUCCAGCAGCUGGUCGUGAGAUGUUGUUCACUACUCUCUUUGGGCCAUUCUUAGGUUUAUCAUUGUUUGCUGAAGAUGAUCCCAAAGUAGUGGAGAAAUUCAUCAAGAACGUUAGUAACAGAACUAUUCCGGAUGGGUUACAGGAUUUGCCAAAGAAUUGGACCAUGCUUCGCACUACCAUCCUGCACAAAUUGUUUCGUAGCAUGUUACUGAAUCCCUCAUCACGUGAACCAGUCCUGUCCUUCCUUGCGAAGUUGAUUCGGUGCAAUGAACGCCGGGCACAGAUCCAUGUUGAAGAAAGACUUGUGGCCGGAGAUGGCCCUAUGAUCAAUUUGCUUUCAGUUUUACAACAACUUUGUUUUAAGGUGAAAUUGGACAAAGUGGAUCCUUAUUAUUUAAUACAUCCAGAAUCACUCGUAGAUGUGAGUAAAGAUUCCCGGCUCUCUAUGACUCAAGAAGAGGUCGACGAGUGGGUGCGAAAACAGCGAUCUGAAGGGUGCUCCAAAUUCCAACCAGUAACAUUUCAUAGUCAGUGUUGGUUCUUAACACUUCAUGCCCAUCAUUUAGGUGUCUUACCCGUUAUGCGGAAGUAUACGAGACGAUUAAGAGCGAUACGGGACCUUCAAAAGAUGGUGGAAGAAAUAGAAAGUACAGAAUCUCAGUGGGCCAAUCUCCCUGUAGCUUCAAGACAACGAGAGUUGUUAAAAAAAUGGAAACUGCAGCUAAAGAAGCUAAAUAAAUCCCGAAUCUGUGCCGAUGCUGGCCUGUUAGAUGAGAACCUGUUGGAAAGAUGUAUGCAUCACUACUCUGGAGCAGCUCAGGUAAUAUUACGUAUACUCACGGGCGAUCAGAACACUUUGGCACCUCUGGGGGUGACGCUUGCUGAUACUGCCAACUUCCUGCCUCUUCCAUCUGAAUUGCCCGAACUCUUUGCUGCACUGCCUGAGUCGGGAGAAGCCAUCUGGGUAAUGUAUUCAGAGUUAAGCUUACAAUUUUUAUUCCUGAACAGAUACGUCCCCAAGGUUCCCAUCAAUAAUCUUGGGGAUCCCAUCAUCACCAUGACUAUCGUCCUGUUGUGCUCUCCGUCACACAUAAAGAACCCAUAUCUCACUGCCAAAUUUGUUGAAGUGCUAUUUAUGUUAACCCCAUCAUCCCAGCAACAUGUUGAUACUCUUCAUGAACGAGUCCUACACCAUCCAUUAGCUGUACAUCUUCCAGUGGCUUUAAUGAAGUUCUAUACAUUGGUGGAAUCUACUGGCGCUAGCAGUGAAUUUUAUGACAAAUUCACCAUCCGUUAUCACAUCAGCAUCAUUUUCAAGAGCUUUUGGAAUGAUAGGCAGCAUAGACAAGCUGUUAUCACAGAAUCCAACUCAGGGAAGGAGUUUGUGAAGUUUGUUAACCUCCUCAUGAACGAUACCACCUUUUUGUUAGAUGAAUCAUUAGAUGCCCUAAAGCGAAUUCAUGAAGUGCAAGAGGAAAUGGAGAGAGGAACUUGGUCAAAACAGACAAGAGAACAACAGCAGAGUCGGCAGAGAUUACUGGCUACUGAUGAAAGACAGUGCAGAUCAUACCUAACUUUAGCAAGAGAAACUGUCGACAUGAUGCAUUACUUAACUCAAGAAGUACCUGUUCCAUUCUUAAGGCCUGAGCUGUGUGACAGACUGGCUGCAAUGCUCAAUUUUAAUCUUGCCCAACUCUGUGGUGAAAAGUGUGGAAAUUUGAAAGUAAGACAAGCUGACAAAUAUGGGUGGGAACCGAAAAUUGUUGAACAAAUAGUAGACAUCUAUUUACAUUUAGAUUCAGAUAAAUUUGCUGAAGCUAUUGCUACUGAUGAGAGAUCAUUCAAGAGGGAACUUUUUGAAACUGCAGCCUCAAAGUUGGAGCGUGCUGUAAUUAAAAGCAGCUCUGAGGUUGCCAAAUUUCGUAGUAUUGGCCAAAAAGCAUUCAGCGUUCAGCAAGCUAAUCAGAAGAAAGAUGAGGAUUAUAGUGAUGCCCCAGAUCAUUUUAUGGACCCUUUAAUGCAAACAUUAAUGGAAGAUCCAGUUGAACUACCGUCCGGAGUUGUGAUGGACCGGCCCACAAUUGUUCGGCAUUUACUUAACGACCCCACCGAUCCAUUUACCAGGCAACCUCUUUCUGAAGAGCAGCUUAAACCAGCGGAGGCCCUGAAAAAAGAAAUUACAGACUGGAUUGCAGCUAAAUCCAAUCCCAAGAGCACAUCUUGAGGGCAGUACUAUGGUAGCUGUGGAUAUUCAUCUCUGUGCGCUUUUUUUUAAGGUGAUGACUGUUAUCACUCAGAGUAGAUUAUUUAUGUGGCAGAUGAGUUGAGCUGUACAGCAUUUCAUAGGCUGCUGUAUGUAGGUGUAAUGAGAACCACUCCUCAGAGAUGUGAAGUACAGUGUGUUGACAACAUUAUGCAGUUAACUUCAGUGUAUGUUUGGCUUGCCUUCCAUCUUGUGGAAAGUGCGUUGUUGUCUUCAUAAUUUAAAUUUUUUUCAUGUAUUUUUUUUUUUCAUGUCCAUAUAUUGCUUAUUACCAGAUAACAACAAAUGCAGUUUUGGAUAAGUGCGUAAAGCCUGGGAAGAAGCUCCUAAUGUCACGUAAAAUUUUGGGUUGCUCUUAAAAAGCAAUAAAGCAUAUUGGGUGCUGAACAACAAUAAUACUCUGUGAGUAUUUUCUCAUCAUCAGGGAAUAUUGUACUGUUAAAUUCCAAAACAUUAGUCGAAAGCAUUUACAUAACUCCAAAGUGACUGUUAGCUGCAUAAUUCAAAAAUGACUGUUUGCUAAUUAGAGAAUAAGAAAUUAUCAGCCCUCGGGUCUUCUUUCUUACUAUCCAAAACAUCCUUUUUUACUGUAUUUUUAAUGUGUAUUUUCUUUAUUGAAUUUACAUAUCAAAUAGUUAAGAAAUCUUGUUUGACUUAAUAAUGUUAUUUUUAUCCUCUUUUUAGUAAAGUGCU